AGGUGACAUUAAAGCAUUUUCCUAACUUUUCCCUCACUGCCUAACGUUCCGUACUCUCUCUACGCCCAAUCAACAACCAUUCCCCUCCACUGCACUCCACUCCCGCCCCAUACCCAGCUACCCAUUUGCCGCCAUUGACGAAUCUAUCUACGCCCGCGAAAAUGCCUCUAACCAGGCGUAGAGCAGCUCCAGAAUCCGAGCGAGAGAUCGAAACAACGGAUGACGAUGGCGAAUCCGAGAAGAAGAAGAGCACUCCUCCCCCGCCGACUACCACGAAGAAGAGGAAGAAGAAGCAGGGGGAUGAAGAAAGGGAGAACUGGUCGUGCGUCAACAGCUGCUGUUGGUUCAUAGGCUGCGUGUGCUCGGCCUGGUACUUGGUCAUAUUCCUCUACAGCGCCAUGCCGGCGUCAUUUCCGCAGCUGGUCUCCGAAGCGAUCACGGGGCCGGCGCCGGAUCCACCGGGGGUUAAACUGCGGAAGGAGGGGUUGAAGGCCAAUCACCCGGUGGUGUUCGUGCCCGGAAUUGUCACCGGAGGGCUCGAGCUCUGGGAGGGUCGCCCCUGCGCCGACGGCCUGUUCCGAAAGCGCCUCUGGGGCGGCACAUUCGGCGAAGUUUACAAAAGACCAUCCUGCUGGGCAGAGCACAUGUCUCUGGACAAUGAAACUGGAUUGGAUCCUCCAGGUAUACGUGUCAGACCUGUCAGUGGACUAGUAGCUGCAGAUUACUUUACUGCUGGCUAUUUUGUUUGGGCAGUUCUGAUUGUUAACUUGGCUAACAUUGGUUAUGAGGAGAAAUCCAUGUAUAUGGCUGCAUAUGAUUGGAGGCUCUCAUUUCAGAAUACUGAGGUGCGGGACCAAACAUUAAGCCGGAUAAAAAGUAACAUAGAAUCAAUGGUUGCUACUAAUGGAGGGAGAAAGGCGGUUAUUAUUCCACAUUCAAUGGGUGUUCUGUAUUUUCUGCAUUUUAUGAAGUGGGUUGAGGCGCCAGCUCCAAUGGGUGGUGGGGGUGGACCUGAUUGGUGUGCUAAGCAUAUAAAGGCUGUGAUGAACAUUGGUGGACCAUUUUUAGGUGUUCCUAAAGCUGUCUCUGGGCUUUUCUCUGCUGAAGCCAAGGAUAUUGCAGUGGUGAGGGCUAUUGCACCAGCUGUUUUGGACAAAGAUCCAUUUCAUCUUCAAACAUUGCAACAUGCAAUGAAGAUGAUCCGCACAUGGGAUUCUACCAUGUCAAUGAUACCAAAAGGUGGGGACACUAUUUGGGGUGGUCUUGACUGGUCACCAGAAGAAUGUUCUGCUCCCAGCAAGAAAAAGCUAAGAAAUAAUGAUAACCAGAUUGAAGCGCAAAAUGAGACUGGAAGAAUGAUCUCCCAAUCAAAAACAGUUAAUUAUGGAAGGAUUAUAUCAUUUGGGAAGGACGUGGCAGAGGCACAUUCGUCUGAGAUUGAGAGAAUUGACUUCAGGGGUGCUGUCAAGGGUCAAAAUGUGGCAAAUACUAGCUGCCGUGAUUCGUGGACGGAGUACCAUGACAUGGGGUUUGGGGGCAUCAAAGCUGUUGCUGAAUACAAAGUUUACACAGCUGGAUCAAUUUUGGAUCUCCUUCAUUUUGUUGCUCCAAAAAUGAUGGCACGGGGUGGUUCCCAUUUUUCAUAUGGGAUUGCUGAGAAUUUAGAUGAUCCAAAGUAUGCACACUAUAAAUAUUGGUCAAACCCAUUGGAGACAAGAUUACCAAAUGCUCCUGACAUGGAGAUCUAUUCUAUGUAUGGAGUUGGCAUCCCAACUGAAAGAGCAUAUAUUUACAAGUUAAGUCCUGCUGCCGAGUGCUACAUUCCAUUUCAGAUUGAUACAUCAGCAGAGGAUAGAAAUGAAGAUUCAUGUUUGAAAGAUGGAGUUUUCAAUGUUGAUGGUGAUGAGACCGUGCCUGUUUUAAGUGCAGGCUUCAUGUGUGCUAAAGGUUGGCGUGGGAAAACCAGAUUCAACCCUUCAGGCAUUCAAACUUACAUCAGGGAAUAUGAUCAUGCUCCCCCCGCCAAUCUUUUAGAAGGUAGAGGCGCCCAAAGUGGUGCUCAUGUUGAUAUAAUGGGAAAUUUUGCAUUAAUUGAGGACAUUAUAAGGGUAGCAGCUGGUGCUACUGGGGAAGACUUGGGAGGUGAUCAGGUGUACUCAGGCAUCUUCAAGUGGUCUAAGAAGAUCAACUUACCACUGUAAUUCUAGAUGUCUUGUUUGCAGAGACUUUGCUGAAACUCUGGAAGAUAAGUGGCUUAUGCAGAGAGGUGAACUUCAAUAUGUGUUAUAUCAACAAGCUGGUGGAAUGUGUCCAUUUUCCUUGUAGUGUAUCCAAUUGGUGGAGGAGGCUGCUUGGCUGGUUUCAGCAUUGCAAUGUUCUAUUGUUCUGGCUCCUCUUGUUGCUCCAACAAUCAUUGUUCUUAUUUUGGACUUGUAUUAUAUAUUCGGAAACUAUGCAUAGCUGAUAAAUUAUUCAAUCAUCAUAUAAUUAAUGUAUCAUAAUUUUCAUGUUAAGUUUAAGUUGCUCUGCUUAAACCUAUGGAUAACAAUGUUUGUAUUACUUUCAUUUCCCGGAAGUAUUGGAUUAAUUAUUGUA